AUGGAGCCAAUGUGGGACAGAUUCUUAACGGUCAACCGGAUCACUCUUAGCUGCGAUGCCGGUCGACAGCUACGUUCGACGACCUAUAAUUUGAUCGUAAACAACAUUAUCGAAGAGUUCAAGGGGAAGACUUACAUUAUAGAAGCUGCUAGACAGGAGGAUGAUGGGGAAGGUAAAGGAGGCAAAGGCCUGGGAAAAGGCGGAGCGAAGCGGCACCGCAAAGUGCUCCGUGAUAACAUCCAGGGCAUCACCAAACCAGCCAUCCGGCGCCUGGCUCGCCGUGGCGGGGUCAAGCGCAUCUCGGGCUUGAUCUACGAGGAGACCCGCGGGGUGCUGAAGGUUUUCCUGGAGAAUGUGAUCAGGGAUGCGGUCACCUACACUGAGCACGCCAAGCGCAAGACGGUCACCGCUAUGGAUGUGGUGUACGCUCUGAAACGCCAGGGCCGCACUCUCUAUGGAUUCGGCGGCUGAUCAAAAAACGACCCUUUUCCAGUGAACCCAAAGGCUCUUUUAGGAGCCACCCAAACCCUCCAAUAGAGAGCGGAGACCUGAGGACGGGGAAGGCAGCGCAACACUAGUGUAGUGUUGUCGGUUAUUUCACAUAUGCCGUAAUUUAAAAUUAUUUCCAUUCCGAAAAUGUCCUAAUACCGUGUUCUGCGGUGCGGCAGAGACCAUUACGAGUGGACGGUCCACUUUUUUGCUGUUUACCGUGGCCAAUGCUUUUAUAAUUGUAAGCAUUCCUACAGUGUAGCUAAGAUGCUAUUCGGCGAAUCGAGCCAACUGUUCUGCAACCUGGUUAUUUCAUGUCCGCUAUCGCAUCGUGACUUGUAAUUGUAAGAUGUUGUAGCAGCAUUCUGCCCAUCCAGCUUGUCCAUUCGAUUAUGCCUGAUAUUUCUCCCACUUAUUCUUGUGCCUGCUCCCCGUAACCUUCGUUUCUCUCUCGUGAUUACCUGUCUGUCUCAGUAAUAACAUCAAUGUGUACUUGGCUGUCCAUGUCAUGAAUCGUCUUUUAUUUAUUGUGGAACCCAGACAUUUAAUGUUACAAAUUGCAGUAUUCGUAUUUCCGACGCAUAAUAUUCGGCUCAGUUUUGUUUCUGGGAGCCGAUGGAUAUCUUAAUGGUGCGUUCUUUCCAUCUGCCCGUUCAGACAGUGAUUACAAAUUGUCUUCAGGCAAGUAAUAAUCUGGAUGAAAUAAAAAUAUCUUGAUCAAGUGUGCUUCUUUAAUUUUAUCGGUGUACACUGUAUUAGCUCGACGGGCUUUCGAUUGAUUCACGGCGGAUACAAGUUCGGUUGCUCAUCCAGAGAGAGCAGAAAGUCAUCGGUGUCAUUAGUAUUUCUAUCGGAAGUUAGUUAAAAUCAAAAACCGCAGGCAGCGGCAGUGAAAUUUGCAACUAACGAGACCUUCAUUCAGGGAUUGUGAAAUUUAUGAAAAAAUAUAGUAAUAAGUGUGAUUUUAACAUAAAAGUUUUGGUAUUGGGUUAGAUAUUUGUGGAAAAACCCUAUCUCCUCAUUGACUCCCUUUGCGUUAACAUGGCUUGUGAUGAGGUGGAGGCAGGAGAAAGAGGGGGAAAAUGGCGCAGAGACCAACGGCUUAUUUUCAAAUUUGUAAAUGCCCGCCAUCACGUAUAAAAGAGCAGCAAAUUUUACAGAGAACACAUGAGUACGUACACGUUGACUAAUUUCGUAAUCGAAAAAGCAACGUUCGGACAAUUUCACUUUACCCAUUCCCGCAUUUACAGCUGAAAAAUGCCUCACUGGUGUUCAAUCUGCUCUCUCUCUCUCUCCAGAAGCAGGGGAUAAAAGACUGGAUAGGAACCGAGCAGAGAAUAAAGCGCAGAGGGUCAGGGACCGUUCCUUACUAUAUCCUGCAGCGACACUGGGUCAACCCACCUCUUCCUAAUGCACUUAAAAGGAAAUGUGAAUCUAAUGUGAGGUCAAACGCGAUCAGGGUCAUUCGAAACUCAUAAGAUAUUAUAACUAAAGACAGAUCAUUCAGGCAGUGACCGUUCAAUAAUUCGGAGAUGCCGGUGUUGGACUGGGGUGUACAAAGUUAAAAAUCACAACACCAGGUUAUAGUCCAACAGGU